GUGUUUGCCCGCCCGCCACCGUCACUGACUCAAGGUGAAAAUCAGCCAAUCACCCAUUUUCUUCUUGCCCUCAUCAAUGUAAGCGGUCACAUUCCUGUGACAUUCUUCGCUCAGUCGACUCUGUGUAAUAAUCGGAGAAAAUCCCCCCUUAGGUUUUUUUUUAAAAGCGAAAAAAAACCCUAGGGUUAGUAGUGAGUAGUCUAUGGCGGUGACAGUACCGGCGAGCACGAGUUUGUGGGAUGGAGUGUUAGAAAUGACAAAAUCUGCUCAAAGUAAGGGCGCUGACCCGUUGAUGUGGGCGGUUGAGCUCUCUUCUUCGCUCUUGUCUGCAGGAGUAUCCAUGCCUUCAACUAAGGUCGCUGAAUUACUCGUUUCUCACAUCUGUUGGUCCAAUAACGUUCCAAUUGCUUGGAAGUUUCUCGAGAAAGCGCUCUCCAUUAGAAUCGUUCCGCCAAUGCUCGUUCUCGCGCUUCUUUCCAACAGAGUAAUCCCAAGCCGAAGAAGCCACCCUGCUGCCUACAGGCUUUAUUUGGAGCUCCUUAAAAGGCACAUUUUUCCAUUAGCUUCGGAAAUUAAUGGUCCAAACUAUCACAAGAUCAUGGAAUCUAUAAAUGAUGCUCUUCACCUCUACCAGAAAUUUGGUCUGGAGUCAAGUGAACCUGGGAUUAUCUUGGUUGAAUUUAUAUUUUCAGUAGUGUGGCAGUUACUUGAUGCGUCACUGGAUGAUGAAAACUUGCUGGAACUUGUACCUGAUAAGAAGUCUAUAUGGCCUAUCAAAUCACUCGAGAUGGAAAUCGAUGAUUUUGGAGAAAAGAAAACUGAUUCUCACUCUCACCAGGGACUCUACAAAAUGAACACCACAAUGGCCAUUGAGAUUAUCGUACAACUUUUCCGUAAUAAAGCAACUUCCAGAAUUUUGAACCUGGCACGCCAGAAUAUGUCUGCACAUUGGAUGUCUUUCAUUCAUCAUUUGAGGCUGCUCGUAGCAAACUCAACAGCUGUGAGAAAUUCAAAAGAUAUAAUUCCUGAGGCUCUUUUGCAGUUAACAUCUGAUAACCCUGUACAACUGUCCAGGGAAUGCAAAGGCAAAACAAUAUCUCUGCAACAGUUUCAUGCAAUAGCUGCUUGUGGAUCACUUAUAUCAUCUGCAGGCCAAAGUCAUGGGGCUAGCCGUUCAGCUAUUUGGCUUCCAAUUGAUUUGUUCCUUGAAGACACUAUGGAUGGUUAUGUAGUGGCUGCCACCAGUGCAUCUGAAACUCUCACUGAUCUGCUAAAAGCUCAUCAGGCAAUUACUCAGGCCUCCUGGCAGGACACUUUCCUUGGCUUAUGGAUUGCAGCUUUGCGACUUGUUCAAAGGGAAGGGGAAGCUGUUGAGGGUCCAGUACCUCGCCUUGAUACAUGUUUAUGCCUGCUAUUAUGUACGACAACUCUUGCAGUUGUUAAUAUUAUUGAAGAAGAGGAGAAUGCUUUGCUUCAAGAAGAUGAUGAUAAACAUCCACAUCAAGGGAGCGAAACACAAAUUCUUGGAAAUUGUCGCAAGAGCCUUGUUUCUAGUCUACAACAAUUGGGUGAUUUGGAAGGCCUACUGACCCCACCACCAUCCGUGACUUCCAUAGCAAAUCAAGCAGCUGCAAAAGCUAUUAUGUUUUUCUCGGGUAUACCAGUUGGAAGUGGUUACCUUGAUGGUGUGAGCUUCAAUGACAUGCCAGUCAAUUGUGCUGGAAAUUUGAGACAUCUGAUUGUUGAGGCAUGUAUUGCAAGGAGUCUUCUGGACACAUCAGCAUAUCUGUGGCCUGGCUAUGUGAAGGGACACAGCAACCAAAUACCUCGCGCUGUUUCUGGCCAGAUGCCUGGCUGGUCAUCAUUGAUGAAGGGGUCUCCUUUGACUACUCAAAUGAUGCAUACUCUGGUAUCAAUUCCAGCUUCAAGCUUAGCAGAGAUCGAGAAAAUAUAUGGAAUUGCAAUCAACGGUUCAGAUGAGGAGAAGAUUUCUGCUGCAACUGUCCUAUGCGGAGCAUCCCUGACCCGCGGUUGGAAUAUACAGGAACAUAUUGGGUCUUUCAUCAUUAAGCUGUUGGCACCUCCAGUUCCUGUGGAUUAUUCUGGGAGCGAGAGCCAUUUGAUAGUUUAUGCUCCCAUGCUAAAUGUUCUUCUUGUUGGGAUAUCAUCUAUUGAUUGCGUUCAGAUUAUUUCUUUACAUGGCUUGGCCCCACAUCUUGCUGGUGUGUUGAUGCCCAUAUGUGAGGUUUUUGGAUCAUGUUCGCCUACAGUUUCUUGGACACUUCCAACUGGGGAACAUUUAUGUCCCCUUGCUGUAUUCUCAAACGCAUUCACUCUUCUUCUAAAGCUAUGGAGGUUUCAUCAACCACCUCUUGAACACGUGAUGGGGGAUGUAACCCCUGUAGGAUCCCAGCUAACACCAGAGUUCCUGUUGCUGGCACGCAAUUCCCAGUUAGCAUCAUGUGUCAAUUCACUUGAUCCAAAAAACAGAAGGGGGAUUUUUGGGAGGAGUAAUCUGUCAUCUUUAGAGCCGAUAUUUUUGGAUUCUUUUCCAAAACUGGCGUUUUGGUACAAACAGCAUCAAGCGUGUAUUGCUUCAACUCUCUCGGAUCUUAAACCUGGAACUUCCGUGUACCAAAUUUUUGAUGCCCUUUUGAAUAUGAUGUUUAGAAAAAUGAAUAGAGGUGGUCAGUGUACUUCAACAUCUGGGAGCAGUAGCUCAUCUGGAUCCAUACCUGAGGAUUGCACUCUUCGUCUUAAGCUUCCUGCUUGGGAUAUUCUGGAAGCUGUUCCUUUUGUGCUUGAUGCUGCUUUGACAGCCUGUGCUCAUGGAAGAUUGUCUCCCCGUGAACUCACUACAGGGCUGAAAGAUCUUGCUGACUUCCUUCCUGCAUCCAUGGCAACUAUAGUAAGUUACCUUUCAGCAGAAACAACACGGGGUCUAUGGAAGCCUGCAGCCAUGAACGGGACUGACUGGCCAAGUCCUGCCACGAGUUUAGCCAUGGUCGAGAAAAACAUGAACAAAAUAUUGUCCGCCACUGGUGUCGACGUUCCAAGUCUUUCUGCAGGGGGGACUACGCCAACACUUCCUUUACCUAUGGCUGCCCUAGUGAGCCUCACAAUAACCUAUAAAGUGGAUAAAGUCUCUGAACCUGUCCUAAACCUAGCUGCACCAGCCUUAAACACCCUCGGGGCAAGCUGCCCAUGGCCAUGCAUGGCCAUCAUCUCUGCUCUUUGGGUUUCAAAGGCCAAACGUUGGACUGACUAUCUGGUUUUCUCCGCAUCCCGGACCGUAUUCCAUCACAGCAGUGACGCCGUUGUCCAGCUUCUUAGAGUUUGCUUCUCAUCAGCCAUCGGCCUACCUAUCUCCUGUGGUGGUGUCGCCUCCGCCGGUGGUGCCGGUAGUCUUCUCGGCCAUGGCUUCGGGUCCCACUGCUCCGGCGGGAUUUCUGCGGUGGCCCCGGGAAUCCUCUACUUGCGAGUCCACCGUAGCGUUAGAGACAUCAUGUUUAUGACUGAAGAAAUCGUGUCUUUAUUAAUGCAUACAGUCAGAGAUAUCGUAUCAUUGGAAGUACCUGUUGAAAAACUGAGAAAACCUAAAAACGGGAUGGUGAUGAGAUACGGAGAGGUUUCAUUAUAUUCAGCCAUGACCCGUAUCAAGCUAGCAGCCUCCCUUGGGGCCUCGCUUGUCUGGAUCACAGGCCGGUUAAAUUUGGUACAAUCUUUAAUCAAAGAAACGUUACCUUCGUGGUUCAUAUCGGGCCACAAAUCUGACCCGAGUAAAGGCGACUCGGGCGGGAUGACCGGAAUGCUGAUGGGGUAUGCGUUAGCAUACUUUGCGGUGCUUUCGGGGGCGUUUGCGUGGGGCGUUGACUCCACAUGUUCGGCAUCUAAAAAACGGGCGGUUAUUCUUGGGGGACAUUUGGAGUUUAUGGCGAGUGCACUUGAUGGAAAGAUUUCGCUUGGGUGUAAUAAAGCGACAUGGAGGGCAUAUGUGUCUGGUUUUGUGAGCUUGAUGGUGUUGUGUGCACCCAAGUGGGUAGGUGAGGUGGAUGUGGAGGUUUUGAAGAGGCUAAGUAAGGGAUUAAGGAAGUGGGAUGAGGAUGAGCUUGCUUUGGCAUUGCUUGGGAUUUCUGGAGUGAAUGCAAUGGGUGCAGCUGCUGAAAUGAUAGUUAAGUCUUCCGUUUAAUCAGGAGGUAGGGCAGGGCUAGUUUAGUUUGUUUGUGUAAAUAUAAAACAAACUGCCUUCCGCUAAAAGGGCCAUUGGUAACUAUAUUGUCUGAGACUGAGCACAGCACAACACUGCACACAGGAAAGGAAAUAUUCCUUUUGCCCAGAUGUUUGUGGACUGCUCAUGACGUUAAGUUUGUUACAUGUCCUUUCUUGCAAAACAAGUAUCAUUCAUGUUAAUCAAACUGUUUUGAUUGUUAAA